AUGACCACCACCACCACCACCACCGACACAAAAUUGCACGCCUUCGUCUCCUGGCCAAACGCACCGCUCACACGUUCCCUCGUUCUCAAGGCUCUGGAAUCUUUGAACCAAAAGGUCGAAAUAUCGACAGCACUUCCGACUUCCUUUGACAAGCUACUGCAGUGGUCCACCUACGACGAUAUCGAUCACGAAUUGGCUCACCACCGUUCGGAUACCGUUAUUUCCUCUUCGUACACUAUUCGAAAGGCUCUGAUACGAAAGCACUUUCUCUCGCGAUCCAUUCACUCGUACUUGGUUAAACACACAGACUCGUCCCUCAAGCUCCAUGUUCCACGUACCUGGGAUCUCGAAAUCUCCUUUGCUGAUGAGUUGGAUGAACUAUGGACCGAUGAGCUCUGGGAUUUGGGGCAGGAACUGGAUGCAGAUACGGGUAAAUGGUAUAUUCUCAAGCCUGGCAUGGCCGAUCGCGGAAUGGGAAUUCGAUUAUUCAACAGUAAAGAUACGUUGCAACGCAUCUUCGAAGGCUUCGAGGAAGCAUCGGACGAUGAGGUAGAGCUUGAAGAGACGGACAGCACGGCGGUGGUCACUUCGCAGCUUCGGCACUUUGUCAUCCAGGAGUAUCUCCCCUGUCCACUGCUCCUGGAUCCUCGCCAAAUCCUAUUGAAUGGUACCUCUCCACCGAGUGAACUACAAGGGCACAAAUUCCAUCUCAGAGCUUAUUGCGUGUGUUCCGGAGCCCUCAAAGUGUUCCUAUACACUCGUAUCCUCGCCCUAUUCUCGUCUAAGCCAUACAAUUUUCCAUCACUAGGAGAUGAGGGAGAAACUGAAGAUAUGGAUCUGUCCCCCCACCUAACGAACACGUCGCUACAGCUCCAUACGGGCGAAGAGAGCGUUCGAUUAUUAGAAGAACUUAACGGAUGUACGAUCCUCUCUGGCUCCAAAGGAAACAGCCGUACUCUCACAGAAGGAGACAUCGCCAACAUCUUACAGCAGAUGGCCACCGCCUUGGCCGGGACGUUCAAGGCAGCUCUCGAGAGCCCGGUUCACUUUCAGCCACUGCCAAACGCUUUUGAACUAUACGGCAUUGAUUUCUUGGUCUCCGAUCCCUCCUCGGGCGAGCUCCGAGUUCAGCUUCUUGAGAUCAACGCAGAGCCAGCAAUAGAACUGACGGGACCACGAUUGACAUGGAUUCUCGAAGACUUGUUCGUCACCAUCGCCAAGACGUGUAUUGGGCCGUUGGUUUCAGGUGCUCCACAGAAGCAAGACGACUGGGCUGCUGGGCAGUCAAAAGGGACAUUUCUAAAGUGUUUAGAUCAGGGAAUACGGGGGUGUUGGUAA